AUGGUCGAUUCAGAGAAGGGCCAGUUCGCGUUCACUUUGACAUCAACGGCCCAAAAACCGCGUACCCCGGAGCCAGUGACAGAAGAGACCAAUGCACAGUCCGACAGUCUGAUGUUUGAUCGGGCUCCUCUUGAAGAUGGCCGAAGCAAUCUCAACCCAGAGCGGGGGGAUGAGUGGGCCGCCAUAGAGAAGCGGGUACGAUGGAAAGUCGAUCUCCGUCUCUGUAGCAUCGGCGGGCUCUUAUGCAGUCUCAAUUUGCUGGACUCAGGCAUUUUAUCCUCAGCCUCGGUAACGACUAUGCUCGAUGAUCUUGAUUUAAACCAGGGGAAUCGGUACUCCGUCUCCAUCUUUAUUUUCACAAUCGCCAGUGUGGUCUUCCAGCUGCCGUGCACAGUGGCAGUUCGAUUUAUCGGUCCACGCAUCUGGUUUGCCACAAUCACAUUCUCAUUUGGCCUGUUGACACUGUGCACUGCUUUCGUUCGCACCUGGCAGCAGAUGAUUGUCCUGCGUGUGCUGCUCGGUAUUUCCAUGUCCGGUAUCUACCCUGGUUUGACCUACCUGGUUAGCGCCUGGUACCCGCGACGAGAGCAACAACUCCGAUUUGCAUUCCUGCAGUCCGGGGAAGUUGUGAUUCUGGCGACUGGCAAUAUCGUCAAUUUCGGUCUCAAUCAUUUAAAUGGCGUGGCCGGGUUGGCGGGUUGGCGUUGGAUGUAUAUUGUCUAG